AUUAUUAAAAUAAUAUAGAAGAAAGAAAGAUAUCGAGACGUUUUAUUAAAAAAAUUAUUGAAAAAAAUGAGCAUGGAUCUCAAAUUAUCAACAACUUUGCUGAUGUUUAUUUAUUUCGUUGCCAUUUCGUCUGCCUUGAAAUGCCCGAAAAGAAAAGAUUUUGAUAAUACAAGUGAAGGUUCUUUCGCUUCGACAUGCCACUUCUUGGAGGAGACGUUGGUGAACGUAUUCAAUUACGCAAAUCGGGCUUUUGCAUCGGCAUGUCAAUGUUUUAUGCAUUGGCUGAAAAUUUUCGUCUAUCGCAUUUUGUGUGCAGCCGAGAAGUGUAUUUCUCUGGCUAAAUGCUACGUACGACCGAACCAGAUGGAAAAUUCCGCAUUCGAAUCGGAUUUUCGUCCCAAAGAUAAAUCGUUUUCGAUUUUCAUGAUGGUCGGUAAAAUCCUCCUAAUUCCUGGAGUUAUUACCAUCUUAACCUUCAUAGGAUUCGUGUUUUUCCAGGAGUAUAAAGAUCAGAUUUCCAACCUGAUCAAUGGUCUUUACGAAUUGGGAGCUGGAGUACAAAAUUGAAAGGAAAUGAGAAUAUUUAAUAAAAAGAACAAUAAUAUAUAUCAAAAUUUAAUUAAGAACAUUUAAAAUCAAACAAAAUAUUAAUAAAAGUUUAUUAU